AUGUCACAUUCAGUAAAGAUUUAUGAUACAUGUAUAGGAUGUACUCAAUGUGUACGAGCCUGCCCAACAGAUGUAUUAGAAAUGAUACCUUGGGACGGAUGUAAAGCUAAACAAAUUGCUUCUGCCCCAAGAACAGAGGACUGUGUUGGUUGUAAGAGGUGUGAAUCCGCCUGUCCGACGGAUUUCUUAAGUGUUAGAGUUUAUUUAUGGCAUGAAACAACUCGAAGCAUGGGUCUAGCUUAUUGA